AUGACGGCUACCUCGGACUCGGCAGUUUUCGACUUGCGCGAUAUCGAGAACUUGGAUGAAGACGAGGCACAGGACUUGGCCGCCGAGCGCCUCAAAGAGUUCUGCAAAGAAUGCUGUGGCUCUGUGCUACGCGCUUGGGCGCACGUCUUCGACAGCAACAAUGACCAGCGAAUCAGCAGAGUGGAGUUCCAGAAUGGCAUGCGCAAACUGG